AUGUACGAGCACACUAUCCAUCACGCGCUCGACAUAGCGCGUGACAAACACGGCUGCAUCGCUCUCAACGAGGUAAUAACCGACUUGGACGAUCCAUACUACAGGAACCAGCUGCUAGACUUGGUCGCAUUCAACGCUCUCUGUCUAAGCAACGAUGCUUCAGGGAACUUUGUGGUACAACACGUGCUUAAACUGAGUGACUUGCGUUCCACGUAUAACAUCGCGGUUAACCUACAUGGCCAUUGCGUUGAUCUGUCGUUAAAGAAGUACGGUAGCUACAUCGUGGAGAACCUUCUGGACGCUGCGGAGGAGUCGAUGGUUUUGGUGGUUGAUGAGCUUUUGUGGUGCGAAGGGGACAGGUUGAUGAGGCUGGCGAGGAGUGAGUUUGGGAAUUUCGUGGUGGCCAAGGCACUGAGAGUCACCAAGGACAUGUCUAGGGUUGAUCUGUUUUCGGCUUUGGUGCAUAAGCUCAUGCCUUUUAUCGAACUCUUACGCAGGUCUCACGGAAGCAACAUUGCAAACAUCUUGGACUCGAUUUCUGUUUCUUAA